AUGGCGUGGGCCGUGGCACAUGCGUUGGCAGUCGUAGCGACGUACUUGACGACAAAUGAGAGGCAACUUUGCGCAUCGACAUGCAAGUUAUGGAGUGGCAUCCUAAAGAUGGAAUGGAGAGGCCGAGCCCAUCACUGGAAUAUGGCCGCCACGGCCGCCAAUGUCAUUGAUGUGGUCAACCAGUGCGGGCAAUGUAGGUCCAAGAAACGCAUAUGGUCGUACAAGCAAGCCCAGACUCUUGGUAACGACCUGUACUUUGUUGCAAGCGGCAUUCGGCUAUCGUGCUUGGUGGAUUGCAUGAACUUGACCGCCGCCGCUGCAACCACCCUCUUGGCCGUGCUGACAAAGGCAUUCCCAGCAUUCGCACAUGUCGUCACACUGUUGAUCGACGACAACGUGUUUUAUGUCCAUCGGCUGCAUUUCAUUCAGGCAAAACUCGUCGACAUUGCCUACAAUGCAAGCAACCUUGAGCUUGUAAACAUUGCGAAACCCCACGCUAACUCUGUUCCGACGAUCUGCUUGGACGCAUCACCUUCAACGGUGCACUUCCUUCGGUCGCUCGUCUCGUCCCUGGCGAUGAUUCCACCUCCAUCUGCCUUGGACCUGACCACCAUCACACCUUCUCUGCCACCCACAGCUGUGGCCGGACUUGUCCUCAACUACCCCGUCGUCUACACGUUUUCGAGCCAGCCACCACCACCCACGGACAAUGCACUCGCGAUGCAACCGCUCGUCGUGUUUGAGCUCGUGAUUUCGGAUGUCAACACUGGUCACACGCAUUCCCUUGUCAAGUACUCGCUGCCGCAGUUGCUGGUCACUCAUCCCAACCACGUCGCAGUUAUGCGUGCCAACUUGCUCGUAGCUUGUCGUCGACAUAUCCUCCACCAUGAAGCCACCAGUAGUACUAUGUCUGUCCACGUCACGACCAUCACGUUGUCCUCGGUCGCGUUAUGAAGGUUGUUUACAUAUCGUCGAACAUAGUUCUAAUUUUUCGGCUGUCGUUCAA